AUGGUCAACCUCGUGGCUAUGGAACCUGGCAGCCCUGGGAUUGUGAUUGGUCUUUUCAUUUUAGCAUCUGAGGCUUUUGUUGCAGUUUUCACCAUUAUUUUCAUCACCUCUAUAAUCUUAUGGGAUUUUUAUAAAAAGAGAAGGUUGGACAGUAAGGAUGAGAUCCAGCUGGCUAUGAACGUGUCCUGCUUUAUUUUCACCAUUGUGUUGGCUUACAGUGAAUUCUCUAGGAUCCUGCAACCAGACGUUACCAAAAUGUCUCAUCCAAGUCCUUUAUUAACCGUGGUCUCUGUGUACUUCAUGUGCUCGUGUUCAUGGCUCACUGCCUCCUACUGCUUCUUUAAUUUCAUUAAGAUUGUAAACUUCCAAUGGCCCUUCAUUCAUAGGGUGCGGGUGAGGAUCGGCUCUGUUGUCCCCUGGCAGAUUGUGGUAGUGGAGGUGAUGUCCCUGUGUGUCAGUCUAUUACAUUUACUCCCCUAUAGAAAGGGACAUGUUUCUUACACAAACAGCUCCCAUAUCUCAUCAGAACUAAUGGUUGUAGAUGACUAUAUGUCGAUAUUCCUAAUAAUUCUCAUCUGUUCACCACUUGUCCUGUCUACAAUCACCCUCAUCCCAACAGCCGCCUUCCUGAGGUGCCAUAUGAAGAAGAUGAAGGACACAAAAACAUCUGGAGAAGUCCUUAUGUAUGAGCGCGUGGCUUGGAAAAUGUUGUUUUUCCUAUUACUCUAUUUGAUGUAUUUCCUGAUGGUGAUCCUUUACUAUUUUUCCAUUUUUGCCCGUUAUAUUAUCGGCUACUGGAUCAACCUUAUAUUGAUCUUCUCCUUUAUCCCAGCAGUAAAUGUUGUACAAAUUCUUGGGACACCUCAUCUGAGGACGAUCUGGAAGGACAUGAUAAGUUAUUUCACUCCCCAUAGAGAACCUGAUACCCGGUAA